AUCGCUAGCUAUAUAUCGCUAUAUAUGUCGCUAUAGCAUAUCCACUAAGUCGGUAUCAUGAUAUAAGCGCGCGCGAUAUGAAAUCUAAACGUCUGCAACGCGGGGUCACAUCAAAUGAACGGCGAACCAUUGUCGCUAGCAGUCCGUUACGAGACGGCGCGAAUAAAAAACGCAAUCGAUAAUCAAACUCGAGAGAGGUUCCGACACGUUACGUAGUAUACGCGGCCAUGGAUUGCAAGUCGCACAGUUUCUGAUAGCGCGUUCGCAGCAGCGGUUGCGUCCGUAUGCCCCACCGAUAGACAAUGCGGGCGGUACCGUAAUCCUCAGUGCGGCACGCAGCCGCAGUUGACCUAAGUGGACGCUACUGGAACAUUCCGAAACCGGCGGCUUAUGGAAGGCCAGAUUAUGGCAGCGAUCAUUUUCCUUCUAUUUCCUCGUGAUUUUUUUUUUUUUUUUUUUUUUUCCUUGCAGGCGAUCGGUUGCACCGAGUUGUUGAUCUCGUCGAUAACGGCUGUUGCGGUCCAGUGGCGACGAGCGAUGUAAGGCGCACGAAGGAAAGACGUCUGGGCACUGUAGCGCAUGCGCCAACAGUUGAGAGUUGCGCUUAAAUUUUGCUAUAAGAAGCGGCCGCCGAGAGACCCGCCCUUGAUUUUGCGGUUCACGCCGCAGUCGCCCGUGUCAGUUAAACCUCUGCAUCGUACCGCAUGUGCUCUGGCAGCGAUUGUCGACCACAUCACCGACUCCGAAACAGCCAUGGGUUCCGGCGCUGGCUUCUGCUGUAUGGCGUGCUUCGACGCUUUAAGUCGCGGCUGCACCACUUACGGCCUGGACUUGUGAAGUUGCGGUUACGGGACUCUUUUCCUCCGGAAUUCUCGCACGGCCCAUUGGAGCUCCCGGAAUACGUAUGCGACGCGCGGCGGCCAUUGCAUCUUUUCUCACGCACGAGCUGUCGCGCCUGACGCCAACGACGCCGUUGCUGCCAACAAGUCUGAAGUCUCGCCUGUCGCGGUCUUUUGUGCGCGUGUUCCCACGAACGAACUCGCCCUGCCAGGGCACUGCCGAGGCAACUGCCGUCGGCACGUGCUUCGACUACCUUGUGAGGUACGCACCUCAGGCCUCCGCUUCCUCUCGUCCCGCCGCUGACCGUCUGUACACUUCUGCUCCAGCCACACAGGUACUGACCUCCUGGCCAAUGAAGAACCUUGCACGACCCGCCCUGCAGUACGUCGACUGCUCUUCGUCUGCAACCCUUCACACCCGCAGCCCCUGAAGAUUCGUUCCAGAUACAUAGUACGCCAUGACGUCCAGCACUCGCCGUAGGGCGGCAAGCCUUGCUCACGAGGCAGUUCGUCACAUUGCAACGCCCGCUGACCUGCAGGAAAAGUCCCUCUCUGCCUGCUCCGUGCUGCCUCGAUGACGCAGCACAACCACGGAGUCAUGACCCGAACACCGAUCACGACAUCCGUGUGGGAGCUCUUUCCGCCCGGUGGCUGUAUCAUGGCCGUUCGAUGACUCUAAUUGAGGUCCCUUACUGUUUGAUGAGCGGACCAAAACAAUUCCAGGUAACAUGCUGGCUUCUCUGGCACACUGCUCAGUCAAUCUGGAGGUUUGUGCACGUUAACUCGCAUCCUGUGCUCUCCUACGCUGAUGCUGGUUCGCAUUGUGAAGUUGCGCGCGCGUAUGUGUUCGUGUGAGCAUGCGUAUGUGUGCGUGUGAGGGUGUUGAUGCAUGCAUGUUGUCAAUUUACUGCACGCGCGUGCGACUUCGGUAACUUCAUCUGGUUGUUGACAUAUUUUUAGCUGGGUGCGUUCUCGCUUCUUCCAUGGAAUUAUUGGUGGCUGGUCUCGUCUCAUCUGUCAAUUCUUCAGAAAGCUCGUUGAUGGUUCCGCAGUGAUGGUCGCCAAUCUUUUCCAAAAUCAUUCGAACUUUGGCUCUGGGCGGUCCCCUUAAUUGAAAGGAGUCCAGUGGCCCUUGCGUCGUCAACUUUUCUUAUCCAAGCAGUCUCUGUUGGUACAUUUUCUGUUCAUAUCUUCCUUCUUUAUGCUGUUAUUCAUCAUGGCUAAUGCGAAGCAUCAGCGUACUGUUACAAAAAGCAUACGGUGUGAAUUAAAGGCAAUAAAACAUUUCCGUUAGCUUCUGAGCAUCAUGCUUACCCUUCGAAAUAUAGGACUGGCAUGGCACCAAGUUUAUUUUAAAAAAAACCUGUCUGCAGUCACGUUAGCGGUAAAGCUGCGUACCACUACAGCCAAGCAAACCAGAUCCUGAACCUCCCUUCAGCAAGAUCGGACAUUGAUCGGGCGCCACCACCGCACGGGCCUGCGAUGUUGCGUCUUGGUCACUGUUUCAUCACCGUUACUUUGGUGCUUCGCUGUUCAUUGCCCAGUGUGAAUAUACCGGCUAGCAUUCACUUGUACUUUUCUAUAAGAUGUACUUGCUGUACAAUCUUCAUUGGAACUUAAUAAAAUGACGAAGGUGUUUUUUCUUUCGGAAUAUUUACCCUGUGUGGAGAACAUUGCACGGUUGUAAACAUUUUGACUUUUCUGUAGUGCAUAUUCUUGUAAACUCGGCGUUCACUGGAGUUACAUGCAAACUGAAAUAAACAUUUGGACAUUGUUCCAGAGUCGUUAAUGCA